AUGAUGAGUGAUGGAGAUCUGGGAUUCAUGGCUAACUUUCUGGGCAUAUUCAUAUUUGCCCUGGUCAUAGCAUACCACUACGUGUUGGCUGACCCCAAGUACGAAGCCAACUAAAGAUGAAGAUGUUUUGCUAUAUCUAGUUGAACCCGGAUAAAUCCUUUGCAUGGACCAUGUAAAGUGACAUUGUUAUUUUGCUUGCUAGUCACUUAUGCUUGGGAUUUAAGCCUACCUUUAGAUGAUGCUAUUUGUUACAUAAAACAACAUAUGUUUUAGCAAAUUUUGAUUUGAUAUAUUUGAUCUGUUUUGAU